AGCACACCUUUAGUUAUGUGAGAAUUUUGUCAAUGAAGAAAGGAGAUAGAUAAGAGCAGUGAGCGACGGGUUUCAUACACAAAGUACCAGAAGCCAGGGCUGUACUGUGAAGAAUACAGAAGAAUCAAAUUUCACUUUUCAAGAGUCAGCAGAUCGUAUCGAUAGACGGUGGAACUCAUCAGACGGAUGUAUCAUCAUCACAAUCAUCAAGGAAAGGACAUCCACCCUUCCUCAAGAAUGUCCUUCCCUCCAGAAAGGCAUUUGUUCCUGCAAGGUGUGAAUGGUCCAGGAGAUUCAGGACUUGUCCUUUCAACAGAUGCUAAGCCUAGACUGAAAUGGACACCGGACCUCCAUGAACGGUUCAUAGAAGCAGUCAAUCAGCUUGGAGGAGCAGAUAAGGCUACUCCAAAAUCAGUUUUGAAACUAAUGGGAAUUCCAGGACUUACCUUAUACCACUUAAAGAGUCAUCUUCAGAAAUACAGGCUCAGCAAGAAUCUCCACGGACCAGCUAGUGCAAGCAACAAAACUGGUUUAGAAAUGGUUGCAACAGCAGGAAGCAGGAUGUCUGAGGGAAAUGAAAUUCAUAGAAGCAAUUCAAGCAUUGAACCUCAAACAAAUAAAACCUUAUAUGUAACCGAAGCAAUACAGAUGCAAAUUGAAGUGCAGAGGAGACUCCAUGAACAGCUUGAGGUACAACGACACUUGCAGCUCCGAAUAGAGGCACAAGCAAAAUAUCUACAGGCGGUACUCGAAAAGGCCCAGGAGACCCUUGGAAGACAGGACUUGGGUCAGGUAGGACUGGAGACUGCCAAGGUUCAGCUAUCUGAAUUGGUGUCCAAAGUAUCCACCAAGUGCCUGAAUUCAGCAUUUCCAGGGCUGCAAGAACUUCCGGUUAUGUGGCCACAACAAACACAGACAACCCCGCCCACAGAUUGUUCAAUGGAGAGCUGUUUGACCUCCUGUGAAGGUACUCAAAGGGACCGAGAGAUACACAACCGUGGGAUGGGGUUAAGAUCUUUAAAUGGUAGUGCACCCUUGGAGUCAAAGGAGAUUGACAAUGAAACUAAGUUGCAGCUUACUGAACUUGAAUGGUGUGAAGAUGUGAAUGAGAACAUAAAUUAUGUUUCGUCAAUGGCCAAGGAUACACACAGAACAUUCCCAGUAGAAACAAACUCUGGAGAAUUAUCGAUUAGCAUUGGACUUCAGGGAGGACAAGAAAAUAGCACCAGCCAUUCAGAAGGAAGAUUUACAGCAAAGGGUAAGGAUUUAUACUUCCUUGCCCAAACCACCAACAGGGAACAUUCAGCUCAACUAGAGAAAGAGAAGAAGCUAUCCCAAGGGUAUAAAAUGCCUAAUUUUGCACCAAAAUUGGACUUAAAUGCCCGUUACGAAAAUAACGCUGCUUCAGGUUGCAACCAUUUUGACUUGAAUGGUUCCAGUUGGAACUGAGAAUGUAAAUUGUCAAAAAAAAAAAAAUGAAGUAGUAAAAUGAGACUAGAUCAAGGGGAACACAUACUCCAAUUGUGAUUUCGCUUCAGAGAAGGAAAUUUUCAGCAAAGGAACCUCCUUCUCUCUCAUCAAAACCAGGAGCAUAAUAUGUUGAAAUAACACGAGUCAAUUGGAUUUAAAUAUUCCCACGAGAUGCAAUUUCACUAUAUUGUACUUCAUUUAGAGUUUUAAUGAAUACAAUCGGAAAAUAUUGUAUGGAUAUUUUCUUUGACGUA